UCCCCGGGGGCCCCGCCCGGAUCCCGCCGCCGACUUCGAGCGCGAAGGGGUUGUCCCCGCCAUCGUCGCCACGGCACCCCUCUCUGGCGCCUCCCGACAGCCGAAGGCGUCCUCGGCCCCCCUCGAGCGUACUUCCACACUUUCUCUACGGCCACCGGCUCCCUCACCCUGGGCGGGUACCUCGAGAACGCUCGCUCGUCUCAACUCUUUUCAGGGCGGGACCAUCACACAGCGGGGUCGGUUAAAUUCUGGUCCUGGGCAAUCGGGAGCGAUGCCUCGGAUCAAGGCUCCGCCCAGCCUCGAUUCCUCUCCAGGACCUAGACCGACGUGUUUGCCUGUCUCUCCCGCGCCCCGCACGAAUGGUGCUUAGGAACUGUUGAGUCACCCAUCAUCACACCUCUCCUCCCCACCGCUCUGGGGCUCCGGGAGCCUAGCGGCUGUCACAGUCCUCCCUCAGACAGUCCCAACCCUCUCCUGGCUCCUUGGAGGCUGGGGCGGGGAAGGCUGCGGAUUUGCCGAGACAGCUGGGGUGACCCUCUCUCCAGGGCAGUGGCCCGAAGCAGUUGCGGCUUCUGGCCACUAGGUGUCAGCCUGUCCUCACCGUGGUGCGGGCUCCAACCAGCCACACAAUGAGUAAGGCAGUUCUGAGGAGCGGGAUAAGCAGACCCGAAGGAAGAAAAGCAGCGGCCUUGAGCCGGGGCGGGAAGUGAAGGGGUGUACUUUAGGGAGGUGGAAGUGGAGGACGCGGGCGCAAAGUGGGGACUAGAAGAACAGCGUCUCAAAAGGACAAAAACUAGAAACCCAGGCUCGGACACGCAGGGACCAAAGCCUUUUGGGUGUUUGCUGUGGUCCCCCGAUGGUGCCAGGGUUACACAUUAACCCCCAUGAGGCUCCAGGGUCACUCAAGGCCCAGUCGGUUACUAAGUGACAGCAUGGUUUUGAUGUCUUGGGUGAGCGGUUUACCCCCUUUUGUGCUCCCGAGUUCCCAGCUGCCUCACUGGAAAGCCUGUCUACCAGAGGACUCCGGCCUGAGCCAGUGACCGCAGGUUCCCUCCGGUCUUUCCACGUAGGCUACUUUGGGGCGGGGCGGGGACAAAAGAUAAACAUCCCCUCCCACGCCUUCCUCACCCAUUCAGAAAUAGGGACAUUAAUCCUUAGCUAACGACCACCUCCUGAACUCUAGGGUUUCAUAUCUCCCUUAGAGACGCGGUGUCGAACCCCUAGCAGCGACGCUAACUAACGAGCCUACCAUCUCUGCACAGAAGCGGGGAACCCUCUCGGUUUCCCCCACCCUGACACUUUGGGGUAGAGGUUUACUUCUAUUCCAUCUCACCCCCAAGAGGUUCCAGAUGAGCACCGAACACUGGGUCCCCUGACGGCAGCGUUUAGUUCGGGGUUCUGAGUAGUUGUGACACCCAGGGGACCACGUCACCUUCUCUCCAGGUGAAUCAGUUUGUCCGUCUGGGGCUUUCCCGGUUUCUGCCUUGGCAAACACAGCACGCUCUCGGCUGAUCCUUUACGUGCCAGAAAGGAAUCCCUUGAUGCUGCUGAAUUAGUGCCACGCCUAGGCAGCGGGGACUCCGUGCUCGCCUCCCACUCCCAUUCGACCUUUGGGGCACGAUCUUGUUUGCGCGGGGCAACUUAGGCGAGCGCCGCAUCGCUCCGGUCUAACGACCCGUGCCAAGUUACGCGCGUGCAAAGUGGUUGUACUGAGCCGAGCACCGAGGGGCUCGCCGAGGAACCCGGAGCGCCUAUCCUCCACCUCCCCGUCGUCGGGGGCAGGGCCGAGGGGAAAACGCGACUUACAGUCAAAGAAAAGGCGCGGGCUUUAACCUACGCCCCCCGUUCCGUCGGCUCCGCCCUGAGAAAGGCCUACGGCGAGGAGGCGGAGCUCCCGGAUGGGCGGGUCCGCGCACGCGCCGCACUGGAAUGCCACAAGCGUUUCUGAGACAUGAGAUGGAGAAGUACGAGCGGAUUCGAGUGGUGGGAAGAGGUGCCUUCGGGAUUGUGCACCUGUGUCUCCGCAAAGCUGACCAGAAGCUGGUGAUCAUCAAGCAGAUCCCAGUGGAACAGAUGACCAAGGAGGAGCGACAGUCGGCACAGAAUGAGUGCCAGGUGCUCAAGCUGCUCAACCACCCCAAUGUCAUCGAGUACUAUGAGAACUUUCUAGAGGACAAGGCCCUCAUGAUUGCCAUGGAAUAUGCACCAGUUCUCUGGGCGGCAGGUGGCACACUGGCUGAGUUCAUCCAGAAGCGCUGCAAUUCCCUGCUCGAGGAGGAGACCAUCCUGCACUUCUUCGUGCAGAUCCUGCUUGCCCUCCAUCACGUGCACACGCACCUCAUCCUGCAUCGGGACCUCAAGACCCAGAACAUCCUUCUUGACAAACACCGCAUGAUCGUCAAGAUCGGUGACUUUGGCAUCUCUAAGAUCCUCAGCAGCAAGAGCAAGGCCUACACGGUGGUGGGCACUCCAUGCUACAUCUCCCCCGAGCUGUGUGAGGGCAAGCCCUACAACCAGAAGAGUGACAUCUGGGCUCUGGGCUGUGUCUUGUAUGAGCUGGCCAGCCUCAAGAGAGCCUUCGAGGCUGCGAACUUGCCAGCCCUGGUGCUGAAGAUUAUGAGUGGCACCUUUGCGCCCAUUUCUGACCGGUACAGCCCUGAGCUGCGCCAGCUUGUCCUGAGUCUGCUCAGCCUGGAGCCUGCACAGCGGCCACCCCUCAGUCACAUCAUGGCGCAACCCCUCUGCAUCCGGGCCCUCCUCAACCUCCACACCGAUGUGGGCAGCGUCCGUAUGCGGAGGGCAGAGAAGUCCCUGGCCCCAGGACCACCCAUGGCCCCUGGCAGCACAGGGAGCAGGGCCACCAGUGCUCGAUGCAGGGGUAUUCCCCGGGGACCCGUGAGACCAGCCAUCCCACCACCACUGUCUUCGGUGUAUGCGUGGGGUGGUGGCCUUAGCGUCCCCCUGAGGCUCCCGAUGCUCAACACUGAAGUGGUCCAGGUGUCCGCAGGACGCACGCAGAAGGCUGGUGUUACCCGCUCUGGGCGCCUCAUCCUAUGGGAGGCCCCGCCCCUAGGCACUGGAGGAGGCACGCUCCUCCCAGGGGCAGUGGAACAGCCUCAGCCGCAGUUCAUCUCACGUUUCCUGGAGGGCCAGUCGGGUGUGACCAUCAAGCAUGUGGCCUGCGGGGACCUGUUCACGGCUUGCCUGACUGACCGAGGCAUCAUCAUGACCUUUGGCAGUGGCAGCAACGGAUGUUUAGGCCAUGGCAACCUCACUGACAUCAGCCAGCCCACCAUUGUGGAAGCCCUGCUGGGCUAUGAGAUGGUACAGGUGGCCUGUGGUGCCUCUCAUGUCCUGGCCCUGUCCACAGACGGAGAGCUGUUUGCUUGGGGCCGAGGAGACGGUGGGAGGCUUGGUCUAGGAACCAGGGAGUCCCAUAGCUGCCCCCAGCAGGUGCCUGUGCCCGUAGGGCAGGAAGCUCAAAGAGUUGUUUGUGGUAUUGACUCUUCCAUGAUCAUCACCUUGCCUGGCAGGGUCCUGGCCUGUGGAAGUAACAGGUUUAACAAACUAGGCUUGGAUCACCUAUCCCUGGAUGAGGAGCCUGAUUCCCACCAGCAAGUGGAGGAGGCCCUGAGCUUCACACCACUGGGCUCUGCACCUCUGGACCGGGAGCCCCUGCUGUGUGUGGACCUGGGCACUGCUCAUUCCGCUGCUGUGACUGCCUCCGGUGACUGCUAUACUUUUGGCAGCAAUCAGCACGGGCAAUUGGGCACCAGUUCUCGGCGGGCCAGCAGGGUGCCCUGUCGGGUCCAAGGCCUAGAGGGCAUCAAGAUGGUGAUGGUGGCCUGUGGGGACGCCUUCACUGUAGCCAUUGGGGCAGAAGGGGAAGUGUAUUCUUGGGGCAAAGGAGCCCGAGGUCGACUGGGAAGGAGGGAUGAGGAUGCUGGACUCCCUAGGCCAGUGCAGCUGGACGAGACUCUUCCUUACAUGGUGACUUCAGUGUCCUGCUGCCAUGGGAACACUCUCUUGGCUGUUCGAUCUGUCACAGACGAACCAGUUCCCCCCUGAGGCAACAGGAUUAUCCAAGAAUCAGACCACCUCUGAGAGUUCUGAAAAAUGCAGGUGCCUAAGGAACCACUGUUUCCAGCGUCCUGGAUUGUGUCAUCAGUGAGGUGGAAAGGCCACUUUGUUCAUCCAAGCCGCUGCCCCAAACUCCUUAUCUCACUCUGUGUCUCCAGGCUCCAGUCUGGCAGGAAUUAACAGCAGGACGGUCUUCAAAGUUUUUGCUAAAAAGCACACACACACAUACACACCCCAAGCCUGGUUAAAAAGAAGUCCCUGGCUGUGUAGUGUCCUCGUGGAGACUGAUGCCAUGCUUUGGAGCAGGGCAAGCCAGGGCUUGUUUGGACUGGCUAUUGGGCCUGCCUAAUCUCUGCAUAGCUUGAGGUUGAAGGGAGUCCCCAUUUCUGUCAUUCCUGAGGCAGGGGUUUGCUCAACCUCUGGGAGGGCGCCCCCCCCCCAUCCCAGGGAGAGAGUGCUGGAGCUACUGAGUGGUUGCUGAGGGGAUCCUGCAGAAGGUUGCCCCUUACCCCAGGCCAUUUCCCAGACCUAGACUGAGGAAAAAAGUAGCAGGCCAGACUCGACCAGUUUCUCAAAGGUUUGAAAAUAGCGCCAAUAAAAUUAUCAAAUGCUUGCUUGGCA